GGGUCACAUGACAGGUCACAUGACACGGCGGGGAUCGGGCUAGUCUGCAGGACGCCACCAUGGCCGAGCGGUCGCCGUUGCUCAACUACCGGCUGUUCGCGGCGCCUGGACCGGCCGGUAGCGGCCGGAGCUCGGCCUCGCCCCCCAAACUCUCCACCUUCCUCGGCGUCGUGGUGCCCACCCUGCUCUCCAUGUUCAGUGUGGUGCUCUUCCUGCGCAUCGGUUUCGUUGUUGGUCAAGCAGGACUGUACCAAACGAUCCUUAUGUUCAUCGUGGCAUAUUUGAUCAUCAGCAUGACGGUGCUGUCUGUGUGCGCCAUCUCCACAAAUGGUGCUCUGGACGCUGGUGGAGCCUACUAUAUGAUCAGUCGAGCCCUGGGACCGGAGUUUGGAGGCAGCCUUGGAGUCAUGUUCUUCUUUGCAAAUGUGUGCGGGAGUGCUCUCUAUGUCCUGGGUCUUGUUGAAUCCAUAGUUGACACUUUUGGUUUGCCGCCAGGGCAAACCACGAGCAGUGGCAUUCAAGUCCUCCCACACUCCUACUGGUAUGAAAUUCUCUAUGGCACCGUGAUUCUCAUCAUCUGCCUCCUUGUCUGCUUGGUUGGAGCUGACAUCUACGCCAAAGCCACCUUCAUAAUUUUUAUCAUCGUUAUUGUGGUCAUCAGCACAAUAUUUAUCAGCUUUUUUGUAGUAUCACCAAAAUCUAUUAAUAUUACAGUGACAUCAGGGAAUAAUACGGAAUUUCGAGAGGGCCUAUUUACUGGAUUUAACCUGUCAACCCUAAAGAGCAAUCUUCCAUCUAAGUAUGUUGCCGACUACACGACUGGCGUGAUGAUGGGUUUUGCUGCUGUUUUUGCCGUCAUGUUCAAUGGGUGCACUGGUAUUAUGGCUGGAUCCAAUAUGUCAGGUGAUUUAAAGAACCCCAGCUAUUCCAUUCCCAGAGGCACUAUAACAGCUGUAAUUUUUACAUACAUCGUUUACAAUAUUUUAUCUCUCAUGAUCAGCUGUACAUGUGACAGAUUUCUUCUCCAAAAUAAUUAUGGCUUCCUGGAGGACAUCAACGUCUGGCACCCUUUUGUCAUAAUCGGCAUCUACUCUUCAACUCUGUCGGCUGCAAUGAGUAAUUUGAUUGGAGCAUCAAGAAUUCUCUAUGCACUUGCUAAGGACAAUAUAUUUGGUAAGCUGCUCGUACCUGCGAAGAAGACGUCUGCCAGUGGAAACCCCUGGGCUGCUGUUCUGAUCUCCUGGGUCUUCGUCCAGCUGGUGUUGUUUACGGGCAAACUGAAUACAAUUGCUGGAAUCGUGACCAUCUUCUUUCUGCUGGUCUAUGCCGCCGUGGAUCUCGCCUGCCUCGCUCUCGAAUGGGCCUCCGCACCAAAUUUCAGGCCAACGUUUCGUUACUUCACCUGGCACACUUGUGUACUGGGCAUUAUUGGUUGUGCAAUUAUGAUGUUCCUGAUCAGCCCCAUCUAUGCUUCAUGCAGCAUUGCAUUCAUGCUGAUACUGCUGCUGGUACUACACUAUGUCUCACCCUCUAGCAGCUGGGGUUACAUCAGUCAAGCUCUAAUCUUCCAUCAGGUUAGAAAGUAUCUUCUCAUGCUAGAUGUCCGUAAAGAUCAUGUCAAGUUCUGGCGUCCACAAGUUCUGCUCAUGGUUGCCAAUCCUAGGACAAGCACUCAACUCAUUUGUUUCGCAAAUGAUCUGAAAAAAAGUGGAUUGUAUGUGCUUGGCCACGUCCAGACUGGAGACCUAGAUGAGAUGCCGUCUGAUCCUCUCCAAGCACAGUAUGAUUCCUGGUUAAGUCUGGUUGAUGCACUGAAUGUUAAAUCAUUUGUCAGCCUUACUCUCUCUGACUCAGUCCGUCAUGGAGUUCAGCAUCUUUUAUUCAUCUCUGGUCUAGGUGGAAUGAGACCCAAUACCCUAAUCCUGGGGUUCUACGAUGACUCUGUUCCUGAGGAUGAUCUGCAGCAAAUCCCAGCUUUUUCAGAAAGUAGUCAUUCAAUCUACAGUGAUCAAGGUUCCAGCCUUCUGCCUCAUUUCCCUCCAGCCAGACAUCGUUCCUCUGCCAAGGCGCUGUCAGGCAGGGAGUAUGUUGGCAUUAUCUCCGAUUCCAUCAAAAUGUUAAAAAAUGUUUGCUUAGCCCGAUACUUCAACCAGCUAAACAAAGCUGACCUGUUCAGUCGGAAGAACUACGAGGUCUCCAUAGAUGUGUGGCCACUCAAUCCACUCCGUCCAGACAGCGCCAGUUAUGUAGAUACAUGCAGCCUGUUCCUGUUACAAAUGGCGUGCAUUCUCAACAUGGUGCGUUCCUGGAGGAAAGCCAGGCUGCGCAUCUUUCUGUGUGUGGAAUCCGGGAACAGUGCUGGGGAGCACGAGAAGAAACUGAAACAACUUCUAGGUCAGCUUCGCAUCAAAGGUUCAAUUAAAACUCUCCACUGGGAUAGUGUUGCUGCUCUACACUGGCACAAGCAGGUGCCUGACCACAGUAAUAACGAAGGGAACUUUGUCAAUAAUUUCCCUUCAAAUGCAAUGAAAAUUUCUAACGACUAUUUGAUAGCUGUAAAUAGAAUGAUUCUGGAGCAGGACACCCACCCAGCAAUCCGCUUCCUCUAUCUGCCUCGACCACCAGCAGACCUUGCUCUGCAUGAAAGGUAUCUGGAGCAGCUGGAGAUCUUGACCAGAGACCUGGGACCUACGUUGCUAAUUCAUGGAAUUAGUGCAGUCACCAGUUUUGAUAUUUAGAUAGUGCACUUUAAACCAUUGGCUGCAUUGGUUAAGCACAGAGCUGUUAGUAUGUUGCUAGGUUGUUAGUAAAGGUGCAAGGUUGGGAAAAGCUCCGAUUGGACAGUAGAUUACAUUUUUUGAACCUAAAUAGAAAGGUUGGGGUCGUUGGCUCUGCGACUUAUAGUCCUUUAGGUGCUCCUGAUCUUUCUCCUUUGAAAAUUAAGCAGCGAUGUUCCCCCGAGUCUAUCCACACAGUCAACACUUCAAUCUGAUAAAGUCUCGGGAAGUUGAAUUAUUCUGCAAAAGGGCUUUUAAAGCUUGCAUCAAAUCUGUCCUAUCAUAGACAAUAGGUGCAUGAGUAGGCCAUUCAGCCCUUCGAGCCAGCACCGCCAUUCAAUGUGAUCAUGGCUGAUCAUUCUGCUUCUAUAACAUGCAAUGAAAAUUGUUAUGAAUACUAAGGGUUCACAACCAGCUUCCUCUGUUAGGUAUGAUUAACCUGUUUCAUAGAAAUCAGAAGUGAUACUCUAUUUCAGCAGCAAUAAUGCAAUACUUUUAGUCAGAUUUAGUUUAGUUUAGAGAUACAGCUUGGAAACAGGCCCUUUGGCCCACUGAGUCCACACCGACCAUCAAUCAACAGUUCACACUAGUUCUAUGUUAUCCCACUUUCUCAUCCAUUCCCUACACCCUGGGGCUAAUUUACAGAGGGCCAACUAGCCUACAAACCUGCAUGUCUUUGGUAUGUGGGAGGAAACCGGAGCACCCGGAGGAAACCCACGCGUUCACAAGGAAAACGUGCAAACUCCACACAGACAGUACCCAAGGCCAGAUUUGAAACCGGGUCCCAGGUGCUACAAGGCCACACCUCUGCCAGCUGAGCCAAUGUUGAUUCUGAAUUUUUCUUUUUUUUUCCCAUGGUUUGUGGCUGCCUCAUGAGUGUUUCCAGUAACUACUGGUUUUAUUUUGGGUUUUCUUGGGUGUAUCAAAAUGGUGAUCUUGGAAAUUAUUAUAUUAAGAUUAAAUAAAAAUUGAUCAUAAGACUCAAGGAAAUGCAUAUGCUAGAAUCUUGAGCAGAACACUGUGCGGGAGUAACUCAACGGGUCAGGCAGCAUCUGUGAAGGGACUGGACAGGUGAUGUUUUGGGUUAGGACCCUUCCUCAAACAGAAGACAGCCUGAAGAAGGGUCCUGACCUGAAAGAUUGUCAAGUCAUUGGACGGAUUGGUGAAACCAAUGAAUAAUAUACUAAGUUUAUGACCAAUGCCUAUUUGAUAUGGUUAAAACUCAUUCACAUUGUUCAGUGUAAAUUGUGCGGUUGAAGUCAAGCUGUGCAAAGUCCCGGGUGUCCCACUUAUGGAACCAGGGAGCUGGUGCAAAAGGAAUAAUUCCUUGUCGGAGAGAAGGGUCUUGACCCAAUACUUCACCCAUUCCUGCUGUCCAGAGAUGCUGCCUGUCCCGUUGAGUUACUCCAGCACUUUGUGUCUAUUUUAGGAAUAAUCUGUCUCUAGCAGGGCAGUCUGUUCAGAAGAGGCAUUAAUUGAAGAUCAUAGCUGAGAUUUGAAACUUCGGGAAGUAAAUUGGACAUGGACUGUUCUGCGAAAGGGAAUAAUUGAGCGCCAGAUCAUUGCAUAUUUUAAUAAACUGGUGGAUAAAUCUUUGAAGCUGGGUGAGUUUACUGGAAAUAGCAGAUUAGUUGCUUAGUUUUGGAUUGUUCUGGCAAAAGUUAGGGGUCUAUUGAAUGGUAUUUAAUGGUGCUGUGACCUCUGGAAUGAAUUGAGAAAUUACUGCCAACUAUUUCUGUCAUCCUGUGGUGAUAUAUUGCUUGACCUUAAGUUUCACAAGCUUUUAGAACCAAAAUAACUUGGUUUGUUUAAACUGAGGAGGACCAUGUGUAUUAGUGAAUCGGGCUGUUUCUGCCAAAGGGAAAGCUGAGCAGUGGCGGUGUAGCUUGUAGUUGGCACUGGUAACAAACACCAAUCUUCAUGACAUUGCCAACUCCCGCUGGAGGAUAAUAGAUUCUCUCUCAACCCGAACAUGGAACAGUAGAAAAAAAUUCCAUUAACUACCAAAAUCUCAUAACCAAGUGUUAAAAUAUAGUAUUUCUUAAAAUGAUUUGAAAUAAUAGUCUAGACUGUCACUUUCAACAAAGCGAUAUUGCUCAGUAUAAUAAAAGUGUUUUUUUUCAUGGAAAAAUUCCUUGCCUGCGCUGUGCUUAGUUCCGAGAGCUUGCAUUUGAUAUUUUUGAAUUAAAAAAAAAAAUACUGUGUGUAUUUGGAAACAGCUGAAGUGACAAAUUCAGAUUGGUUUAUUCUCCUAUCCCUUUAUGCCAGCUUUACAUAAAUAACCUGUGGGAUACUGAGUCCAAAAUACAGUGCCCUCUAUAAUGUUUGGAACAAAGACCCAUCAUUUAUUUAUUUGCCUCUGUACUUUGCAAUUUCAGAUUUGUAAUAGAAUAAAUCACAUGUGGUUACAAUGCACAUUGUCAGAUUUUAUUAAAGUGUAUUUUUAUACAUUUUGAUUUCACCAUGUAUAAAUUACAGCUGUGUUUAUAGAUAGCCCCCCCCCCCAUCCCCCAUUUCUGGGCACCAUAAUGUUUGGGACACAUGGCUUCACAGGUGUUUGUAAUUGCUCAGGUGUGUUUAAUUACCUCCUAAUGCAGGUAUAAGAGAGUUCUCAGCAUCUAGUCUUUCCUCCAUAGGGAAGAGGAUCAAUAAUGAGGUCUCAGUAUACACAGGUGAAAUUAUUGCAAUAUUGUUAGCGGUACAGUGGGUCGAGGAUACCAGGCCUUUAAGGACAGUUAUUUGUUCAGAUUCAAGUUUAGCAAUAAAGAGUUUACAGCACAGCCAUUCAGACAGUAGACCAGACAUUUUGAUUGAAAUACAACAAACACUAUUCAGAAUUCAAAUGAUGGGGCUUACAGUCAUAUUUUUAUGGGUACCAGCACACAUUGGCAUUAGAGGAAACAAAAUGACAGAUAAGGUAGCAAAAUAGGUAACAAAAAUAAGUAAGAUUGAUUUAAGUAUUAACAUUGGUAAAACUGAAAUCAAAGACAUUAUUAAGCAAAGACUGAAGGAAAGAUGGCAAAAGCAAUGGGAGGAAGAGCGGAAAGGACGGCGGUUCUACAGAGUCCGGAGGAAAGUGGGAGAAAUGAGAUGUGCAGGAAAAAACAGAAAAGAGGAGACAGUAAUUUCAAGAAUCAGAUUUGGACACACUGGUCUGAACAGUACACUUUUUAUAAUAGGCAAACAUAAUACAGGCAGAUAUGAAUACUGUGGGCAAGAAGAGACAAUAGAGCAUGUCAUUAUACAUUGUGAGAGGUAUGAGGAAGAAAGAAGACAAAUGAGUGAACGAUUCAGAAAAGAAAAAGUACAAUUUGAUUUAAUAGAUAUUUUACAAAAUAAUUCAUAUAAGUGCUAUCAAAUCCUAUUGCUUUUUCUCAGGGUAACCAAUUUGUUCGGAAAGUUAUAGGUUAUUAGUAUAUAAGUUAUAAUGUUAUUUGAUCCACAUUCCAUACCAGUUGGUGGCGGUAAUGCACUAAAAAGUUGUUUGCCAACCGCCAAAAAAAACUACAUAGAAGAAGAAGUCUUUCCUCCAGUUUUUCCAUCACCUUUGGAAACUUUUAUUGCUGUUUACCAACAUGACCAAAGUUGCGCCAAUGCAAGUCAAAGAAGCCAUUAUGAGACUGAGAAACAAGAAUAAAACUGUUUGAGACAUCAGCCUUCCGUUGUACUUCCGGUGGCGCUGGUGCCAGCAGCCUCCACCUACAGCCCGGUAUCUUUUUGUUUUUUUGUUUAUUUUGUUAUGUUAAAAGUGUAUUUUUUUGUGUUUUUAUGUGGGGGAAGAGGGCACGCUGCGGGGGAUACCGUACUUCAGCCGCU